CAGCGUUCCUCUUCCGCAAAGCCAGUCUUUUCUCGCACCCCCUUUUGUCGUCAUUUUCUAUAAUCAUCUUUCACAUUAAAACCAGCAAGGGACAAUGUCGAGCUCAGCAGUCAAACUAGCCAACCCGAAUGCAGAGGUCCUUCGCCGCGGCGAUGCAUUGGCAAUGAACAUUAACUCGGCAAUCGGCCUUCAGAACGUCCUUAAGUCGAACCUGUCGCCACGCGGCACCCUAAAGCUGCUGGUGGACGGCGCCAACCAGCUGACGCUGACCAAGGACGGCAAGGUUCUGCUGAACCAGAUGCAGAUCACGAACCCGGUGGCCGUGAUGAUUGCGCGUGCUGCGACGGCCCAGGAUGACGUGGCCGGCGAUGGUACCACUGGCCUGGUGCUCCUGGUGGGCGAGCUGCUGAAGCAGGCGCAGCGGUUCAUUGACGAGGGCGUGCAUCCGCGAGUGAUCACCGACGGCUUCGACGCGGCCAAGGUCGAGGCGCUGAAGUUCCUAGAGUCGUUCAAGGUCAAAGAGGAAAUGGAUCGCGAGGUUCUGGUAUCGGUGGCGCGCACGGCGCUAUGCACGAAGCUGCAGGGAGAGCUGGCGAACCAGCUGACUGAGGCUGUGGUGGACGCGGUGCUGGCGAUCUGGCAGGAGGGCACCCCGAUCGACCUGCACAUGGUAGAGAUCAUGAAGAUGCAGCACCGCACGGCAACCGACAGCCGGCUGGUGCGCGGUCUAGUGAUGGACCACGGAGCCAGGCAUCCGGACAUGCCCAAGCGCAACAAGAACUGCUUUGUGCUGACGCUGAAUGUGUCGCUCGAGUACGAGAAGACCGAGAUCAACUCUGGCUUCUACUACAGCUCAGCCGAGCAGCGCGACAAGCUUAUCGAGUCGGAGCGCCGGUUUGUGGACGAGAAGCUGCGCAAGAUUGUCGAUCUGAAGAACACGGUGUGCUCGGGGCUGGACAAGGACUGCGGCUUUGUGGUGGUCAACCAGAAGGGCAUUGAUCCGCUGUCGCUGGACAUCCUGGCCAAGCAUGGCAUCUUUGCGCUGCGCCGCGCCAAGCGCCGCAACAUGGAGCGGCUGCAGCUGUGCUGCGGCGGCGCUGCGCAGAACUCGGUCGACGACCUGAGCCCCAAGGUGCUGGGCCGUGCGGGCUCUGUCUACGAGCACGUGCUGGGCGAGAACAAGUACACGUUUAUCGAGGAGUGCAAGGAGCCGAAGAGCGUGACGCUGCUGAUCAAGGGCCCCAACGGCCACACGCUGCAGCAGAUCCAGGACGCUGUGCGCGAUGGUCUGCGUGCGGUCAAGAACGCCAUUGAGGACAAGUCGCUGGUGCCUGGCGCCGGUGCGUUCCAGGUCGCCUGCUCGCAGCAUCUGCUGAGGCCCGAGUUCCUCCGCACGGUCAAGGGCAAGGCGCAGAUGGGCGUCAAGGCCUUUGCCGAGGCAUUGCUUGUGAUCCCCAAGACCAUUGCCACUAACGGCGGCUACGACCCGAUGGAUGUGCUGGUCCUGCUCGACGAGGAGGUUGGUGACGGCCACGUCGCUGGCAUUGACCUCAACACAGGCGAUGUGCUGGAUCCGGUGCAGGAAGGCAUCUGGGACAACUACCGUGUGCUCCGGCAGCAGCUGCACUCGUGCUCGGUCAUUGCCACCAACCUGCUGCAUGUUGACGAGGUGAUGCGGGCCGGCAGGGCGUCGCUGAAGCCGCAGAACCCCGGAGAGUGAGGUGCACUCUACUCCCGAAAAGGAGUAUUAGGCUAAAAAUACGCUUUCUUUUCCAGACAAUAUCACCAUUAUUUGAGCUGCACGCUGUGGGAUGUGUCAUUCGCUUGCUGACCCAUGUACAGUGACGCUAUCCGAUGCAUGUCG